UCUGUGUCAGAAGUAAUAAGUAAUUGCGUGAACAUACGUACUGAUCGUACGGUCGUUGUUCUUUCAACAACCAUAAGAAAAUGUAUUGUGAAAAAUAUGCAGAUUAGUAACUGAAUCUUUAGCAAGUCACACGUUGAAACAGAAACUUGGUAUCUAUUUUGAGUUAUACGAAAUGUGUUAAUCGUUUAUUUAUAUAACUACUGUGCUGCAUCUUCAGUUAACCGGUCAUUAUAACAGUGUGCAAUAUAAAAUGAUUUAUUAGAUCUGAACUGUCAAACGAGUUGUAUACAAAAUCAUGGAUGAAAUUUGGUUUCAUCUAUCGAAUCAGGUCGAGACACUUCAGAUUCAAACAUCGUUAUUUGUACAACAAGGACAACAAUGGAUCAUAACAUGGUUGACUCAAGCACGUCAAAUUUUUUACAAAUUAUAUGAGAACCAAACAAUGCAAAAUGUCAAAGACAUUGUACAACAUAUACUUAUUUGGAUUGAAAAUGCUUGGGAACAAUUACAACAUCGAUGCUAUAAUACACAUUUUAAUGUUAGAGUACUUUACAGACAAAUAGAAAGCUUAUAUACUAACGGAGCGUCCAAAAGGGAACUUGCAUUUUGUCUGACAGGUUUAGUUGUUGGUACUUUACUUGGUUAUUAUGCUGGAGUUAAUUGGGGGCACAUAUCUCAUCAUAUGCAUCGUAUAAAAGCUAUAACGUGUCACCAUUACAUUGGUAUCGAGGGUGUGUCCAUGAUAGACGAUGCUGAAAUGCCUAUGAUCGAAAGAUCUAACGAAUUAUUAGUACAAGUUAAAGCAGCUUCUGUUAAUGUUGUUGAUACAAAAAUUUGUUAUGGUUAUUCCAAAAUUUACAGAAGACUCCUCAAUUCUGGUAAACACAAAGAACUCCCGGUAACAUUGGGCAGAGAUUGUACCGGAAUUGUGAUAGGUAUAGGACAAAGUGUUAUUAAUUUUGACAUUGGAGACGAAGUAUUCUUAGCUGUACCUUCGUGGGCUCCUGGUACAAUGGCAGAAUACAUAGUUGUCCCAGAAACUCAAGUAGUUAAACGACCGAAACUUUUUACCUUUGAAGCAUCUGCGAGUCUUCCCUACAAUGGAUGUUUAGCCUGGGAUGCUUUAGUUAAUAGAUCUGCAAUCCAGGAAGGCAAUGCGAAAGGAAAACGAGUACUUAUAUAUGGUGGAAAUACACCUGUCGGUUGUAUCUUAACUCAAUUAGUUAAGCUAUGGGGUGGACAUGUAGUUACAAUGUGUAGACAGAAUGCGAUUCCUAUAUCAAAAGCUUUAGGAGCAGAUGAUGUUAUACCAUUAGACGAUUCAGAUAUAGAAAAAGAGUUAAAAUUACAUGAUAAAUUUGAUACUAUAUUUUAUACCGGGGGUCAACCAAUUAAUGAACGUAUACUAAAGCAGCACUUAACGUCUUAUGGCUUUUAUGUCUCUACAGUUCCCGAACAGUUAAUGUCUGACUCAUUAGGUCUUUUAUUUGGAAGCAUAUUUGCUGGAUGUGUACGAAUAAAGUUACUAAUACAGUACGUGCUUGGAUUUAAUAUGUAUCAAUGGAAAGAAGGUUCAAAAAUUAACUCAACAUACUUACAAGCAUUAUGCGAUUUAGUUGAUACUGAUCAAUUACAGAUGGUUGUAGACAGGGUCUAUGGUCCUCAUAAUAUUGAACAAGCACUGUAUCAUAUAUUAGAUCCCAAUGCUAUCGGCAGUACUAUAAUAACAUUUCAGUGACAAUUGAAUAUUAUAUGUAUAAAAGUUUUCAGUUAUAUGAA